AUGAACUGGGCNUAUGGGGAUCUGGGAAUUCAAGUGUUGAUUGCUAAAAUAUGCUGGUUAUAUCUAUUCCAUCCCUUGUUGAACAUCACCCAUUUGAUUCAGAAUUUAGAGAAUUUACACUCAAAUAUCCAGUCAGGCAAGGUUGAUUAUCUUGAAAUGCAUAUGUUAAUGAACUCAACGAAUGGGUAUUCUGAUGUUACUAAAUACGAGGAAUUCUUGUCGGUUUUGAAAUCAGUUACAACUGAAUAUUUCUCAAUUAUGAAGGAGAAGGAAUGUCUCAACAAUGGAUCAAAUUAUAUUAUUAAACUCUAUGGCUUGGGUGAAAGUGAAUUGUCAAUUAUGAUUGUAAAGCGUCUUUUAAAACAGAAUGGAUAUGGCUUGCAAGGUGGUAAAUUCACUUCCGAAAAUGUUAGAGAGAAAGACUUACUAAAAUAUUUGCUUUCUUUCAAUGACAUACCCCAAGAAUUGAGCUUAGAAGAUAGUAUCAAGUACAUCUUAAUUUUGUUAGAUCAUGGAACCUCGAGGAAAUUGACAUACGUGUUAGCUAAAAAGAUUGAAAAGGCGAUUGGCGUGAUCAAUAGUUGUAAUUUAAAUGAAGUAUACCGAGUUUUUAAUACAUUAAAUGGGAAGGUUUCUAUUAGCAUGGCUUUGAAUUAUUUGAAUUAUAUCAUUUCCUAUAAUAUCAUGUUUCAUACAUUUGAUAAGUUGCCAUCUUGUAUUGAAAAACAAUUCUCGACUUCAUUCGCCUUGCCACCACUUUCCAAAUUAUAUGAGGAAGCUCAAAUUGAAAAAGAUCCUUUGGGUAAAUUAUUCGAUCUUGUAAAUGAGACAAAAGUUUCUGUUGUUUUAUUCCAAACCCAGUUUAAAUUAUUAAAAGUAUUUCAGAAAUUUAUGAACCAGGAUUCCAAAACCAUUGAGUAUGUAAAUCAAUUCAGUGAUAAUAAACUAGUUCAGAAUAAAUUGAAUGAAAAAAUUGUAUUACAAUUUAUGGAAUUGUAUAUUUCAGGCUUAAUCUCCUCGUUGCUAGUAGCUACAAAAUUCCCCAUCUCUAUUCUGACGUAUUCAAUUCAAAGAAUCAAUGAAAGCUUUUAUCAAUUGUUUAAUCUCAAUUUUAAAUCGAUAAAUAUCAAUUUAAUUUGGAUUUGUUUGAUUAAUAUUGUGAAUGAUAUUUGCUAUGCUGACCUCAGAUUUAUUCAAACUUUCAUUCAAAUGUUUGAGUACCAAUUGAAAAAAGAUGACUCAGUUUUCAAAGACGAAUUAAUCAAGAGUGGAUUAGAUUUCUUUAUUAACACAUUCAAACCUGAACAUAAAUGGUUUGCAAAUACUCAAACAGCUCAAGAUAGUGCAACCGAAGAAAUAAAAUUGGAUGAUUUUAAAUUUUUAUACAGCUUCCAGAUAAGUCCUGGAACACAAGAUUAUAGUUUUGAUUCAUCUACUCCGGUCAAGUUUAUGAAUAAUGUUCGCCAACAUAGUACUCAUGUUGAUCAAUUCAAGUGA